AAGCUGCAUUCAGGUUCAGAAUAUACCCAAAACUAUUUUACGUGGAACUAGCAUGUAUUUCUUGACAAAGUUCGGUUUCCGGGAUCUUUCGUCGAAACCGUUGCUGACGAUCUGCUGUUGGUACUUUCUUGUAACUUACGAGCUUCAACCACAACCACUAUUCAAUACUACCAUACCUAAAUACAAGCACUGUCUAACACCAUCUGUAGAAAAGGAAGAUUGGCUGAACAUCGUUCGUAACGGGUCAGCGCACGUCGGCUUCGACCUCUACCCCGGGUAUCUCAUCGACCGCACUCAAACGUCCGACUUUUAUCGCCAGAUGAGUCAUUUCGCCACCCCGAACCCGACAAAAGAUCUCGCUUUCAAGCUAUUUGAUCGCUGCGGUCAUUUGAGACAGGAAUGUCAAGAGCAUGCCGUCAAGAAGGGGUCCGGAAUCUGGGGUCGGAGCUAGACACUGGUCUUCUCCUUCUGCUCAACGGUACCACGACAAAUCAUUCAGCUCGUUGCCAUAGUGGGAGCGCACACAUCAUGCGAAAUAUACUGGAGGCGUUCUCAGAUCAAUUCAAGAAACCUGUAUACGCGUUUGCCAAUUCUAGCGAAAGCACUGCAAGGAGGUCGACUCCUUGCAUCUUUCACGAUGAUCAAGAACAGAGUUUUCGCAAUCUGGGAUUCCGACAUGUGGGCAACACAACAUUCUUCGCUCUGUCGAGCGACGCCAGUCAUCCGUGUCAUCGCCUAUCUGCAGCCGAUGAUUUUGAUCCUGCGCCUUUACAGCCGUCCAAAGGUACUGACGACUUUAUGAACAUUGCUGUCGACGCCCUUGCAUCUCCAGACCACUUGUUCCGCGAAAAGCUAGACACUAAAUAUAGUGAGAUCAGCGCGGAGGAGGUUUCUGGUGUUGUUCUACACUCUUCAGGUGGCAGCCUCUUGCAUAUCGUUGCUCUCAGUGGGAUGUACCAAAGUGCAGCUUGUAUGGUUGCCCACUGGCCUGAAUUGCGUGAUGCGAGGAAUGAUGCGGGUGAAACCCCGCUUGAGGCUUUGAAAUGGCUAAUCGAGGAGGACAAAAUUAGAAUCGAGUACUUCGACGCGAAGGAGCGUUUUGAGCAUGGAUGGCUCAGUUCACCCAAGAACACUGAAGAGACCUUAGCUGUGCUACGUGGAUAGUCAGCGUACCUUUGAGGUUAUUAAUGUCGUUGGGUACGAAGAUUGUCAUGAAUGCACUAGAUAAUCAGAACCUUUUUGGACGUUGAUGUGAUUUCGGUCAGAGCAAGUCCCGGUAGACAGUCUAAACACACUGGGAAAUAUAAAGAACUAUGCUGCGGGGGUAUUGCCAGUCUGGUCUUUACCCCCUUCGCCGCUCACUGGGGUAUACUCGGCUCCAAUCAGUUUCGCCAGCUCUGAGAUGUUGGUGUGAUCGACCGUGUUUUGCAUGCGGUACAUAUACUCGCAUUCGCCAUCUAUACGUCACUUCCGUUAGCACUGCUACCACG